CCGUUUGUGGCUCGUCUGGUGAAUAACAGGUGUCAAGAACAAACAGUGACACCCAGGGCGACACGGGUGAUGCAACCGAUGGUUUUGUCACGUCGACAGGAAGCGACCUUGCGGUUGCCACUUGGUAAGUCGAAACGAAAAAGAAGUAAGCAGACGCCUUCUCCUGUGCUAUACUUCCAACAAAGAACGUACUUGUUGAUGAUGCUUAGGACUAAAUGAGUCGGGAGGACUCUUUGCCAUUCUGAUGGAAGCGCACUAGCUAGCUGUACUGCACUAUUAUAAAUAAGUAUGAAAAAUGCAAAAAUUAUUUCCACGAAGCUAGAACCGGAACCCCUUUUAUGUUUAUCCACCUCUCCAUCUAAUCAGGAUUUUCCCUCAAAUCCAAGGCCAUUCACCCGCAAUGUUGUCU